CUCAGAUGUCGGAAAUACAGUUGGUGAACUGUGAAAAGGAAUAACCUGACAUCUGGUAUAACAUUAGAUGAAACAUUAAUUCAUAUAUGAGUUCAAGAAUUGUGAAUAUGUAACUGUGGCUACGUAUCAUACCGGGUUAAACAUGUUUGUUCUUGCAGAAAUGAAACAUGUUAUUCGAACACCACCACAUAUAUUUCACUUGAAGCUGAAUGAUGCAAUCGCAGAAGAGCUGAAUAAAAAGUUGGCUAAUAAGGUUGUUUUGAAUGUAGGCUUAUGUAUCGCUCUACAUGAUAUUACACAGUUAGAAGAUUCAUACAUUUUUCCUGGAGAUGGGGCAGCUCAUACCAAAGUUAAUUUUCGUUAUGUUGUGUUCAGACCAUUCAUAGAAGAGGUAAUAACUGGAAAAAUACGUAGCUGCAGCCGAGAAGGAGUUCAUGUAACACUUGGAUUUUUUGAUGAUAUCAUAAUUCCUCCAAAUGCACUACAACAUCCUUCUAGAUUUGAUGAGACAGAACAGGCAUGGGUGUGGGAAUACAACACAGGUGAUGGGGACAAACAUGACCUUUUCAUGGAUCCAGGGGAAACAAUUAGAUUUCGAGUGACAGCAGAAACCUUUGUAGAAACCUCACCAAGUGGGCCAGAGAAUACAGACAUCACAACUCCAGGUGGUGAAACAUCUGCUGAAGAACCAAAAGUUCCAUAUAUGUUAACAGGCAGCAUUAAUGAAUCUGGUCUUGGCCUUCUGUCAUGGUGGGCAUCCUCAUAAUGAAUAUGAAAUUAAUUAAAAGUGAAAAUUGUGAAGAUGCUUAAAAAAACAUGGUGCGUCAGAAAAAAGAGAACAGAGGCAGGACUUUUCCAUCAGUUUUUUAUAAUAAUAGUGUAUAUAUUCAUAAGGAAGCAGGGUAUUGCCAAAUAUUGAAGUCACACAACUAUUUUUUAUUGACUUUCUGUUAAACCUAAGAUUUUGAAUUACCAGUAAGAAAUGUACAAUAUUUACACAGCACUAACAGGUAAUUCAUAUAUGAUGAUGAAGAGGACAGAUAUACACUAAAUUGACUGUACAUGUAAAGAGCAUUGCUAUGAAGCUAUAUACACUGCGACUAUAUACGUACAAACUUACAAACUAAUGUAAUUUACUGUACAUUUGCAUUUUUUAAAAUAAAACAAUAAUAAAAUAAGA